AUGUCAAGACUGGAAAAGAAACUUCAAAGCAAGGGGGAACUAGAGCAGCUCUUUUUGUCUAUGGGAUUUGCACUACUAGCAGUUCAAGCACAUUUCAGUCAACUGAGACCAUUUCCCUGCAAGGAUGUACCUUUAAGCCAAAACAAUCUAUGUGAAUCUGCAAAUAGAGGUCAAUUGACACUCUUGUAUGGAGGUGUUUAUCUGAUAGCACUUGGAAACAGUGGAGUCAAAGCGGCUUUGCCAUCAUUAGGUGCUGAUCAAUUUGAUGAAAAGGAUCCCAAAGGGGCUGCUAAGCUAUCAAGUUACUUCAAUUGGCUACUGUUCUACAGCACCGUUGGAGCCAUACUUGGCGUUACAGUUUUAGUCUGGAUAAGUGACAAUCAGGGAUGGGAUUGGUCAUUUGGUGUCUGCUCUGUAGCUGUUGGUUUGUCAAUCCUGCUCUUGACCAUGGGAAAACAGUUUUACAGAUGCAAUGUUCCUAAAGGAAGCCCUCUGAUGCGCAUUUCACAGGUUCUUGUUGCAGCUUUUAGAAACAGAAAUCUCCCACUGCCACAGAACAAAGAUGAUUUACAUCAGAUCAGAAGUGGAGAACCUGAAAAUGGAACUGAGAUUCUUCAAAGGACUGAUCAAUUCAAAUUUUUGGACAGGACAGCCAUACUGAGGAACAACCAAGAAGCAUCUACAACGAGUGCCCAUGGACCAUGGAGCCUCUGUACUAUCUCACAAGUUGAAGAAACAAAGAUUGUAGUCAGAAUGCUCCCAAUUAUACUGAGCACCGUCUUCAUGAACACUUGUAUGGCUCAAUUCCAGACCUUCACAAUCCAACAAAGCAUGACAAUGAACAGGAAAAUCCAAAACUUUGAAAUCCCAGGGCCUUCCAUACCUGUAAUUCCUCAAUUGUUCCAACUCUUCCUGAUCCCAGUCUAUGAUCGUAUCUUUGUUCCAAUAGCAAGAAAAUUCACGGGGAUCCCUUCUGGGAUUCGACAACUUCAACGAAUAGGUGUUGGACAAGUACUUUCAGCAGUUUCUAUGGCAGUGGCUGCAGUUGUAGAAAGUCACAGGAAAUCAGUUUCCAUUAAGCAUAACAUGGUUGACUCAGCCAGUCCAUUACCUAUGAGCGUGUUCUGGCUUGGAUGCCAAUUUGUAAUAUCUGCAAUGGCUCAAAUAUUUACAUUGGUGGGAUUGAUGAAUUUCUUCUAUGCAGAGAGCACAUCAGGCUUAAAAUCACUGAGCAUGGCCAUUUCUUGGUCUUCGCUGGCAUUUGGAUACUUCACAAGCUCAGUAGUGGUGAGUGUAAUUAACAAGGUGAGUGGUGGCUGGUUAGCUAAUAACAACUUGAACAGAGACAAGCUCGACUACUUCUAUUGGUUGCUAGCAGGAGUCAGUGUGCUGAACUUUGGUUUCUACUUACUAUGCGCUUCUUGGUACAAGUAUAAGAAGCCAGAACUGAAGCAAGAAGAUCCUAUCACUGAUGAGAAGGCCAAGGGAAUUACUGAUGUUUGACCCAAAUUAUGUCAUAUAAUAAUAUUGUGGUUGUGAACAUAUUACAUAGUAGUCCAAGUAGUCCUGCAUCAGUGGUUUUAGUUGAUCAAAUAUUCCAAGGUGCAAACCAUAUCUAUAGGAGAAGAAAUCCUGGCAUGAAAGUUUGAGACUUGAAUUGUUAAUUGAUGUAAGUACCCUGUUGCAGCAGAAUGUAAUACAUUCCAACCAUUCUAAUCUAUCCAUUGCUAAACCACUCCUUGCUAUAUUUAGUUUUGAAUGUCUUGUUAUUUAGUUGCCAUUGACACUGAAAGAACUUGGUCUUACAAUGCAUUUCUUCUUCUUCUGUUUCGCCUUUUUUAAAUACCAGAGCUAGGACAAAGUAGCUAAGUUAAACUUUAAGCAAUUAACUGGUCGUAAAAGAAUAAGGACUGUGAAAAAGUGGAUUGUGUCGGCAAUCCCACAGACAAAGCAAACGUGUUAGAAAUCAAGGGUACUUGGACAGUUAACAUCCUGAAUUGCAUACUUUAAAAUCUGGGUUUUCUACUGACAGAAUUUAAGUUCUCGCACAUAAAUAAGCAGCAUCACAUCCUCAUCUGCUAGUAACCCAGGAUGAAUGGAGCAAGCACCAGAUCAUGAUGCAAGACCCUGUUAACUGGACCACAAGCCAAUUGCAGACUCUCAAAGACAUGUUGGCUCUAUCCUAAGGGGCAAUCCCUCCCACUCAACAUUUCCCUCAAAAGAUAAGUUAGAGAGCACAAAUUAAAGGCUAGUAGAGCAAGGAUUAUCUGAUGUGAACUUGGGACAUAGGUAAAGAAGAGACCUACCAUUUUAGAGGUUCCUUUAGCUAGUUCAUGUAAUUAGGGAAAU